CCUUUGCUUUGUUGUCUUCUUCACUAUAAGGCCACCUAGUUUGUUAACGAAAAGUAUUUAUACUACGAAAGAUCUGUAGAUAUGGCAGCUGAAGUUUCUUUCAUGAGCUAGCUGACACAUUCUUUUUCUUUGUUACUUCAAACAUUAGAAAAGUUCUUUUUCCGUCGACUUCUUCCCAAAUUGUGUGUGUUUUUUUAUAUAGUAUAACGGUCAAACUCACAUUACUUUGUUCUUGUCAACCUUGUUCAAAAUAUCUUCAUAUUUAAAUAUUUGUUUCUUGAGUUUAUCCUUCAUACUAUAUACAUGUGUAAUAUUCACAAGGUGGAGAAUUCACGAGAGAGCUUCAUAUCUAGUAGUAGUAGUAGGAGGCCUAGACAUGAUCAAGAGGAGAAUGUGUUUGAAACGAUGUUUAGGGGGAAUAUAAAUAGGGAAGAGGAAAUGUCUGUCAUGGUUUCUGCACUAACCAAUGUUGUUGCUGGUCAAGAUCACCAAGUCUUAUUGGCUGAUGAAAAUAGUGCAGCUGAUCGGAAUAAUGUUGGUUCAGGUUCUUCUUCAGUUUCUUGGGGUGUUGGAGAAAAAAGAGGACGUGAAGAGCAAUUGCAGCACUUCUUACAUGGAAGUUCUUCUGAUAUGAGAUCAUCAGGUGGUGAAAGUACAAGAGUUAGGACAAUUACAAGCACCACACCAACAACAGAAGCAACAUUUAUAUACACUACUUCAACAAAUCAUGAUCAUCAAAAUAGUAGCAGUGAUCAAUCAAAUAAUAAUAAUGAUCAACCAGGAAGAAAAUACAGAGGAGUUAGACAGAGGCCAUGGGGAAAAUGGGCAGCUGAAAUAAGAGAUCCAUAUAAAGCAACACGAGUUUGGCUUGGAACUUUCGACACGGCUGAAGCAGCUGCUAGAGCUUAUGAUCAAGCUGCUCUUAAAUUCAGAGGCAGCAAAGCAAAACUCAAUUUCCCAGAAAAUGUCAGAUUAAUUGAACAGCCUCCUAAUUUAUCUGAUUCUCCAAAUGCCCUUUACUCAGUUUCUACAUCACCCGAACCAAUAGUACACACUUCUUCUCUGUAUCGUUCCAAUUUUACUGGACAUUCCCCAGGGGACGAGCCAAUAGUUCACACUUCUCAGUAUCAUUCCAAUUUUAUUGAAUAUCCUCAGAGGGACAAGCCAAUAGUUCACACUUCUUCUUCUCUAUAUAGUUCCAAUUUUAUUGACGAACCAAUAGUUCACACUACUCAUCAUCAUCAGACUCAAAUUUUCAUGAAUGAUGAUGAGUUUCACAGGAUCCAGGGGGCUACUUAUUUUCCAUUGGUUAACAUUCAGGGAGGUACUACUAGUCAGAGUAGUGGAAGUGAUUUUCCUCAAGCUGCAGCUUCUAAUUGGUCAAAUUCGGUUAAUUAUGAUCACCCUUCUUCUUCUUCUGGAUAAUUUUAUUGUACUUGAAUAUUUCAUCUUCCUAGAAGAUUUGACUAGCUGGUAUAUAAUAUCCAUCACUUUGAUGUGAUUUUUUUGAAUGUAUUGGUGAACAAGAAUUGGCCAGCAUCGUACGUAGACGAGGUCCCCUUUUUAUUUUUAUCAUGUUUUGGGAUGUAUCGAGUUAAGUCUGAGGAACAAAUAAUAAUUUUUUGUGAUUCCAAA